UACUCGCUCACUAAGUAAAAGUUCCACGCUGGAAGAUGUUUGCUCCCAUUUCAGCUCCGUAUUUAAUACACUUUAGAUAAUGUAUUUUGUGCAAAAAUGUAUCAAAUUUGUGUUUAUCGGCUAAUUCAAAGUCUAUUCCAAGUGCUCAGACUAUACAAAAAGUGUUCGGUAACAUAAUUGGCACGUAAACACAGUUUGUUUACCACACCUCCCUCAACACCAUUAGUGCAUUAUUUUUGAAGUAUAUAUUUCUCCAUAUAUUAUAGAGGUCAUUGAUUUGUUUUGAUCGGCUUAUUGAGAACAUCAAUUACAGUGUAACACGGUUCAAAACUUCACAGUGUUUGUGUUUACAAAACUUUUUGUCUAAUUUGAAUGCUUUGAAAGCAUAUGGUAAACUGAAAUAUGUCAGUAGACCUGAGCUUCAUGGAUUUACUUUUUGAUAAGGAGGAUCCUGUCAUAGGAUUUGAUAAGGACAUAAAAAAUGAAGAUUUGAAACCUUUCUACAUGGAUGACAAAGCUUUAAAUGAUGAUGACUGGGUUUGCAACGCCGACAGUUUCCUCGACUCAAUAUUCCAGAUUGAGUCGUUUCCCCACAGUAAUGACUCGACGGAUAGCAGUGGUCAACCGCCCUUUGAGCCAUUUGACCUGUUAGCACCUGAUGACGUCACGGAGACCGCAGAACACGGAACGCAGAACGCCACGGCAGCCGAUGACAGUUCUUGCUCUGACAGCGGUUUGUCGAGUGACCACCAAAGUCUAUCACCACAACCAUCCAGUGAAUUCGACGAGGAAGUUCGUCCCUCGAGUGAAUUCGACGAGGAAGUCCGAGGUGCUUCGAGUGAACUCGACGAGGAUGUGGUGGAAAUCAAAGAGGAAAUUAUUGACCUGGACGAUGAGGAGGAAAUCAAAACGGAACCGGAAGAUGAUGAAGUACCGGAAGUAGAGGACCAGGAACCGGAAGUAGCAGAACCGGAAGUGAAUGUGAUCGCCGACAAACCGGAAGUGGCGGCUGUGCUUAAAAAAGUGCAGAAUCAGCAGAAAGUUGUUGGCUGCAAGCCGUUGGUACAUCGUGUUAUGCCAGUAUGCGCCCGAAAUAACGACACCAGCUACCAGGCUUGGAAGGAGGUGGCCAGAUAUCAGCAGCUACCAGGGGCACAAAUCUCUAAACCAGGAGGAGUCGUGUCAGCUUUGAAACCUCAACACCGGCCAAUCGGAGUUACCAACCCAAGCAGUCGUCACGUGUUGAGAGUCACGCCCAUCAGCACUGCUGCCAACCCUCGCUCCAUACUCAUUCCGACUGUCAACUUGAAAACAGGAAGCCAAACCUGCUCGCAGGGCCAAGUGCGUACAAUCAAGAUAGUGAAUGGGAUCAAGGGUAGAAAUGCAGCAGCUACCAUAAGGGGCUACAAAACAGAUUGCAGCUCCCCCUGACGGCCAGACUGGUAACUAGUCGAAAUGAUGACGUCACAACAUAUCCACGGCUACAGUUGACUGCUGAAGAGAAACGCCUGAUGAUAAAAGAGGGAAUUUCUCUGCCUUCGCACUAUCCACUGACCAAACAGGAGGAGCGGGAAUUGAAGCGAAUCCGGCGCAAAAUCAGAAAUAAAAUAUCCGCCCAGGAUUCGAGAAAACGCAAGAAGGAGUAUGUCGACGGCCUCGAAGACAGAGUGAAACAAUGCACCGAAGAGAACGAGACACUGAUGAAACGCUUGAAAAGUCUCCAGUCGCAGAACCAAACUCUUUCCACCCAGUUGAAGCGAUUACAGGCCGCUUUGCUGGCCAAAUGCAAUGCAAGCACGGCGACAACCAGCAAUGCCAAUGCACCUGCUAACACAGCUACGGGAGCAGCCAAUACACAUGCACAACCUGCCACUUGUCUUAUGGUACUGAUGUUGUCACUGGCCCUUGUGAUGGCGCCAAAUCUCAGACAACAACAGCAUACAAUGUUGUCACGAGAUGUCGUUAAUGUGGACGACAACGCAUCCUCUUUGCAUGGUGGCUCCCGUUCACUACUCUACACAAAGCAGCCGUCAGACGAAAUGCCAUCAGCUGACGCAAGCGCUAUCAUGUCUGACCUUGAAGAGCUGAUCAAGUUCAACACCAACAAUCAGCUGAUUGGUAGCGGCAACAAAAAUCAGCUGAUGGGUGGUAACCAGCUGAUUGGCAGCGGUGAUGAACUGAUUGGUGGCAUCAAACAGCUGAUUGGUACCAACAAACAGCUGAUCGGUGGUAGCAGUGAUCAUGACUACACUAUGCUAUCAUCAUCAUCAUCAUCUUCAUUUCUGUCAUCAGCCAAUCGCAAGCGAGCUCCGCCUCUCCACUAUGUAGUUCCGCCCCUAGAUGAUGAUGAUAGGCCGCCAAGGCCGAAGAGAGCAAGAGGUGGGGAUGAGUUGGUAGAAGGGUGGGGGAAAAGUGGAGGGGAGCUGAGUGCUGCUAUUGGUAGUGGGCGUGGCCUAGGUGUAGAAGGGAGGGAGAAGAGUGCUGCUGUCGGUAGUGGGCGUGGCCUAGGUGUAGAAGGGAGGGGGAAAAGUGGAGGGGAUUGGAGCGUUGCAAUGGAGACGGAUGGAGGGGAGGUUGCCAUGGUAACGCCCAUAAAUAAGUCCAGGAACAAUGAGGUGAUUGUCAGAAUUCGGGAUGGAGCGGUCUUUUGAUGUCAGUAGAAGGCUUAGGGCCUACUGAAUUUAUAGUGAGGUGCACGUUAUAAAAUUGCAGUAUUCGAUUGACAUUGGUGUUGCUAUCCUUGUCUAUCAU